UCACUGUCUGCGCUAUAUUGACGGAGUUCCCACUCCCCUACUAUUUUUUGUUCUAUCUCACAUUUCAACUAGUGUAAGGUGAUUCCCCUUACACCAAACAAUUCUUUGAUAUGGAGUAUAUAAACUAUUCAUUCGGAUCGUUCAAUCACAGUUCUUCAACUUCUUCUAAAAACGUUUGAAACUCUUAAAUUAUUAUAAUAACGGUGAAUAUAUAGUUUUCAAGAUGAAAACUACUUUUAUUUGGCUGGCCGCUACUUUGGCAAUCGUCUCAAGUGAACCUGGGAUUCAUAAUAAGGAUGGUCAUCAACCCGCUCCAUACAUAAAUCGUCCUAAAUUCCCAUCGAACCCUCCACGCUACAGUCGCUCGGCUGAUCCUCAAGGAUCUAUUGUAUUUCAACACACAAAGCCUUUGGAUGGACCAGAGCGUCGUCCAAGUUGGAAUUUAGACUACCAGCACAAUAUCUAUGAAGGCAAAAAUGGUCAAAUUAGUGCUGCAGGUGGUGCGUUAAAACUUCCCGGAAGAGAUGUUCAACCCCACGUUGGCAUCCAAGGAACCUGGAGAUUCCGUCGUUCCCCAGAACCUCAAGGAUCUAUUGUCUUUCAACACACAAAGCCUUUGGAUGGACCAGAGCGUCGUCCAAGUUGGAAUUUAGACUACCAGCACAAUAUCUAUGAAGGCAAAAAUGGUCAAAUUAGUGCUGCAGGUGGUGCGUUAAAACUUCCCGGAAGAGAUGUUCAACCCCACGUUGGCAUCCAAGGAACCUGGAGAUUCCGUCGUUCCCCAGAACCUCAAGGAUCUAUUGUCUUUCAACACACAAAGCCUUUGGAUGGACCAGAGCGUCGUCCAAGUUGGAAUUUAGACUACCAGCACAAUAUCUAUGAAGGCAAAAAUGGUCAAAUUAGUGCUGCAGGUGGUGCGUUAAAACUUCCCGGAAGAGAUGUUCAACCCCACGUUGGCAUCCAAGGAACCUGGAGAUUCCGUCGUUCCCCAGAACCUCAAGGAUCUAUUGUCUUUCAACACACAAAGCCUUUGGAUGGACCAGAACGUCGUCCAAGUUGGAAUUUAGACUACCAGCAUAACAUCUAUGAAGGUAAAAAUGGUCAAAUAAGUGCUGCAGGUGGUGCGCUAAAGCUUCCCGGAAGAGAUGUUCAACCCCACGUUGGCAUCCAAGGAACCUGGAGAUUCCGUCGUUCCCCAGAACCUCAAGGAUCUAUUGUCUUUCAACACACGAAGCCUUUGGAUGGACCAGAACGUCGUCCUAGUUGGAAUUUAGACUACCAGCAUAACAUCUAUGAAGGUAAAAAUGGUCAAAUAAGUGCUGCAGGUGGUGCGCUAAAGCUUCCCGGAAGAGAUGUUCAACCCCACGUUGGCAUCCAAGGAACCUGGAGAUUCCGUCGUUCCCCAGAACCUCAAGGAUCUAUUGUCUUUCAACACACGAAGCCUUUGGAUGGACCAGAACGUCGUCCUAGUUGGAAUUUAGACUACCAGCAUAACAUCUAUGAAGGCAAAAAUGGUCAAAUUAGUGCUGCAGGUGGUGCGCAAAAACUUCCUGGAAGAGAUGUUGAACCUCACUUUGGCAUCCAAGGAACCUGGAGAUUCUAAUUAUAUUGAAAACUUAUUUAUAUUCAAUAUUUAUUAAAAAUUGUACAUAAAUUUUGUCUUUUUCUCAUACACACUAAAAUAAACAAUAAAUUUUAUUCGUAUUUUCAUUCAUUAGUAUUCAACGCUUCAGACAUGAACAGACAUGAACAGGCAUGGACAGGUGUCAUCAGGCCUGAUCAUGUCUAAUUUCAGGCCUAAUCAUACAUGAACAGGCAUGAUCAGGUCUAAUUUCCGGCCUAAUCAUACAUGAACAGGUAUGAUCAGGUCUAAUUUCGGCCUGAUCAUACAUGAACAGGCAUGGUCAGGUCUGAUCAUUUUUUCCCGGGAUAACCAGUCAGGUUCCAAUCUUUCCGUGUGAAGUAGACAUCCGAUACCAGUAUAGUGGCACGACUGUCUGAUGAUAUUACGUUUGCAUAUGAAGUCUUCCCAGUGAGCAAGUCACCGUCAAGAAUCGGGGAAAAUUUUCGGUUUAUAAUGUCAAUGUGUAGUAACGGCUCGAGAUUAGACACGUUUUUUUAGAGUGGGGUCAAAAACCGACGGUAACUUACUUUCGGGGAGGAUUUUGUCUAAAUUUUGCCACUAUUUUAAUUUUAUAAUUUGUGCUUUUAUUAUUGAUUUAUUAUUCGUCAUACAUCUUAAUUAAUUAGAAUAAUUCAUAAUAUCUUCUUGAAAAUUAAAGUUACUUCAAUUCUGAUCAUUAAUUAAAUCAAUAAUUUCUUGUAUCACAUAAUCAACAAUAAGAAUGUUCAUUUUUCGUUGGUGAUUAAAAAAAUUAUAAAUUACAAUUCUAUGAUUCAUUGGGUUAACACAUUCAUUUUUAUCUUCAUGGUAAUAACCACCGUACUUAGCUACACCAUGUGAAUAAUAGUUAUGAUCAUAAACACUCAAAUCAUACACAUAACAUGAAUACAUAUUAAGUUCAUCAUAUGUUGUAAUUGUUUUAAAUCGUUUCCAUCUAUAGUCAAUAUCACCGUCGAUAUCAAAACCUCCGUAUCCAUUGUAUGGUACUGUAAUAUCAUUUGAUAAUAAACAUUUCGAUUUAAUCCAAUUAA